AUGAAACUCGCUCUCUUCAUUGCCCUCGCGGGCGUUGCGGCAAUAGUUAACGGGAGAGCUCUGCCUGAAGAGACUCCCUCAAGCGUUUCUCUUGCAACUACGAGCUCCUUUACACUGGCAGCUCCCGAAGACAUGACGAGAAUUGUUGCGUUUGACUCAGCUCCAGUGCCAGUGUUCUUAAUAACAUCGACACCCACCAGCGAUUCCACAGCUAUUAGUAGUAUGACGAGUUCAACUACUAGCACAGUAUCAGCGGCGUGCCCAGUAGUCACCGAGUCCUCAGCGUCUUCGUCUACCACGCCUUGCAUGACUUUAAUCAGUAGCACAAUCACUCAACUCUUCUAUGACGAAACCGGCGUUAUUACACGCUUCCGCACAGAAUAUAUUACGGCCACGGACGGUAGCUGUGGGAGUGCGAUAUCCAUGACUGAUAGCGCCUCGACCAUGAUCACUCUAACGAGUACGGCCAUUGCCUCGUCAACUACUUCGUCACCUAUAUUCCAGUGGUUCACGAAAACAGUCACGCUGACCGUUCCAGCCACCGGCCCGUCUAUCACUCCUUCGUAG